AUGGUCCGUCUUAAACAUCGAUACCUGUUGGUGAACAUUCUUUAUCCACCACAGACGGGCUCGCAGAAAGCGCCGCUGGAUGGGAAGGCCUUCCAUCUCCAACUCCAUCGCCCAACAGCAGAUGCUCUCACACCUCAAGCCCUUGCUAGGCUGGUCAGAGAAGCUGUUGCAGAGAUGUUUGGAGACUGGGGGAUGGGCAGACUGGGAGGUGCUGGCGCUGGCGCAGUCAGUGUGAAAUACCUCUCUCCUGCUACGUCAACGGCUAUCAUACGCUGUCCUCGAGCGAGUUAUCGCCUGGUAUGGUCGGCCUUGACAUACACGUCAAGUCUUGCAGUGUCAUCUACAGCUGGCCGACAGAAUGCCAAUGAAAAUGACCAGCAACAACGCUGUGUCUUUCGCGUAGUACGCGUCUCUGGCACGAUGAAAAAGGCGGAGCUCGAAGCUAUCCGGCGAGCUCGCGUCGAGGUCGUCAAGUUGACCAAGGAGUGGGAGAGUGGGGGCAAGGCUGUGCUCGAGGGCAUGUUCGCUGACGGGCCUGCAGCGCCGCCGUCAGAAGACGGGAUAGAGAGUGCAAGCGAAGACGACGGUGAUAGUGAAUAA